GCACAGAGCUGCGUGUUGUGUCACAUCGCCAAGGAAACGCUUGACAAUAAAGGAGCGUGCAGGAGAUCUGUCCGCAAGUUCAGUUCACGCUGUCAGCAGCAGGAUGUCGUUCCCAUGGACCUUCUCCUCUCCUCCGUUCCACUACAUGCUGCGUGCGUCUGGGCAGAGUGAGGUAUGGAGCGACGCCCAGCCGGAGGACAAGUUCCAUCAGUACGGCUGGCGCUGCGGAACCAGUGAGGACGGAUAUGGUACCGGGACUCUGAUCGGUAACUGGGUCGAACAACAAAAAGAUAUCACUCAAUACCGGAAAGCCAGACCCCUACCAUCACAGUUCUCUCACUACUUUGACUCCACCUACUCCUCCUCCUUUAACCGUGAAGAGAAGAGACCCAUCUACAGCUGUGAAUAAUACUACUGCAUAU